GAGUAGCACACUACCCUGUACGGCUUUGUCUCAGGGCCCGGGAGGUUCACUGUUAAGAGAUGGCCGGGCAGGCAGACAAAGAUGUGAAGUACUACACCCUGGAAGAGAUUCAGAAGCACAAAGACAGCAAGAGCACCUGGGUGAUCCUGCACCACAAGGUGUACGAUCUGACCAAGUUUUUGGAAGAGCACCCUGGUGGGGAAGAGGUACUGAGAGAGCAAGCGGGGGGCGAUGCCACCGAGAACUUUGAGGAUGUUGGGCACUCUACCGACGCCCGAGAACUGUCCAAAACCUUCAUCAUCGGGGAGCUCCAUCCAGAUGACAGAUCAAAGAUAGCCAAGCCUUCGGAAUCUCUUAUCACUACUGUCGAAUCUAAUUCCAGUUGGUGGACUAACUGGGUGAUCCCAGCCGUCUCAGCCCUGGCUGUAGCCCUGAUGUACCGCCUCUACAUCAGAAGACUAACCUGCUUCUCCAAACCAGGGACGGGGAGACUGCCCCAGAGAAGAGAAAAGAAGCCAGUGUUAAUCACUUCCGCUGACAGAAACCUUCCCCUGAAAAGUAAGUAAUAUAUCUGUUUCCCUUUCCUUCUGUGUUCGUUGAACAAAUAAGAAACUCUUUGUGCUCUUAAACUUUUCAAAUGUGCCUUUUUAUUCAUCAACUUUAUUUUGAUGUUUCUUCACUACGUAAUUUACUUAUUGUAAGCAUGAUCUUUUUAAAAAUAUAUCUGGCUUUUAAAAU